GAUCUUCCUCACAGGUCCUACAGCCACAUUCUUUCCUGCUCUGCUGAGCUCCACCCACUGCUGUCAUGUGACCAUUCUCCCAGGUCCUACAACUGCAUUCUUUUGCGGUCCGUGGACUUCCUCCUCUUACAGUACUGAGCUCCGCCCCCACAUGUACUGGUCACAUGACUGUGACAUCAUCACAGGUCCUGCACCUCUCCCUUCUAUCCUUAUCUUCAGUUAUUCUUCGGAAGAAAAACACCCAAAAAUCAGCUGAUUCAGUUGUCUCCUCUUCUCCUGAAUGACCCCCAAGGAUGGGCAAGGACAGGAAUGAGAUGACUAAGAGAAUUUUACACUUCACCUUGGAGAUCCUCCACCUGCUGACCGGAGAGGAUUACACCAUAGUGAAGAAGACAUGGGGGGAGUGUGUGACCCCCAGCAGCCAUCUCCAUGAGUCAGGAGGACGGAGCAGGGCCCGGGGCCCCAUCACGGAGCCUCGACCUCAACCACUGAUACAUGAGAAGAAGAUCCUAGAACUCAUCCACAGGAUCACUGAGCUGCUGACUAGAGAGGUUCCUAUAAGGUGUCAGGAUGUGGCGGUCUAUUUCUCCAUGGAGGAGUGGGAGUAUGUAGAAGGACACAAGGAUCUGUACCAGGACAUAGUCAUGAUGGAGGAUCACCGGCCCCUCACAUCACAAGAUGGAGUCAUUGAUAGAAAUCCACCCGAGAGGUGUCCCUGCCCUCUAUAUUCCCAGGACUGUCCAGAGGGAAAUGUCCCAGAGAAGCAUCAGGGGGAAGAUCUGACCAUUAUUAAAGUGGAGGAUGAAGAAGAGAGGAUGAGCGGCCAUCACCCGUGUAUGAGGGAAGUGAAGGAGGAAAUUCCAGGAGGUGGUACCCAAGAAAAUCCCAGAAAGAACUUUGAAGAAAGCGUCAUGUUAUGUCUGAAUUAUAAAGUAAAGGAUGAAGAUGAAGACCUUCUUACCCCUAAUGUCCAUCCAAAUCUAUCAUAUAAUAAUCCACCUGAUCAUGGGGAACCGUCUGCUCACCAACCGCACAUAGUCACCACAAGGACAGAGAAGAGAGCGGGGAAAAAGUUUCACAUUGAAGAGAAGCCUUAUUCAUGCUCAGAAUGUGGGAAAUGUUUUACACGAAAAUCCAGUCUUGCUCAACAUGAACGAAUUCACACAGGAGAAAAGCCAUAUUCAUGUCCAGAAUGUGGGAAAUGCUUUACAAAUAAAUCAGAUCUGGUUACGCAUGACAGAAUUCACACUGGAGAGAAACCGUAUUCAUGUUCAGAAUGUGGGAAGUGUUUUUCACAAAAAUCCAGUCUUGCUGCACAUGAGAGAAGUCACACAGGAGAGAAGCCAUAUUCGUGUUCAGAAUGUGGGAAAUGUUUUACAAACCAAUCGAGCCUUGUUUUUCAUAAAAGAAUUCACACAGGAGAGAAGCCGUAUUCAUGUUCAGAAUGUGGGAAAUGUUUUACAAACCAAUCACAUCUUGUUACACAUGAGAGAAUUCACACAGGAGAGAAGCCAUAUUCAUGUCCAGAAUGUGGGAAAUGUUUUAUUACCAAAGGCAAGCUAAGGAAUCAUCAAAGAACUCACACUGGAGAGAAGCCAUAUUCAUGUUCUGAAUGUUGGAAAUAUUUUACAAAUCAAUCGAAUCUUGAUACACAUAGAAAAAUUCACACAGGAGAGAAUCUAUUUGCAUGUUUAAAAUGUGCAAAAAGUUUUACAACUCAUUCAAAUCUUGUUAGACAUGAGAGAAUUCACACAGGAGAGAAGCCGUUUUCAUGUUCAGAAUGUGAAAAAUGUUUUAUCACUAAAUGCAGACUAAAGAGUCAUGAGAAAAAUCAUUGAGGAGAAACCAUUUUAAUGUUGUGGCAAAUACUUUGUAGCGUCAUUUAUUAACCUUUUAAGGACAUCACGUGUUUUUUUUUUUUUUUUUUUUUUUGCACUUUGUUUUUUUUCCUUCUUGUCGUCUAAUAGCCAUAGCACUUUUAAUUUACCACCUACAGACCCAUUUGAUGUCCACUCUAUAUUGGCUCUCACUAUCGAGAGUCUUUUUUUUUUUUUGUCAUAGAAAAUGGAAGCCUCUGAAGUAGAGCAGCAAAUGUUCUAGAAAACGACAUGAGAAGGGUCAAAUGGUCAUCUACAGGGAUUUAAUGCCAAAGAGGACAUCUGCUCGGUAACAUCUGUCCUGCUGCUGGUGCCAAUAAUCUGCCCGGUAACAUCUGUCCUGCUGCUGGUGCCAAUAAUCUGCCCGGCAACAUCUUUGCUGCUGAGGGUGACCUAAAUCUGCCCGGCAACAUCUUUGCUGCUGAGGGUGACCUAAAUCUGCCCGGCAACAUCUGUCCUGCUGCUGGUGACCCAAAUCUGCCCGGCAACAUCUGUCCUGCUGCUGGUAACCCAAAUCUGCCCGGUAACAUCUGUCCUUCUGCUGGUGACCUAAAUCUGCCCGGCAACAUCUGUCCUUCUGCUGGUGACCUAAAUCUGCCCAGCAACAUCUGUCCUUCUGCUGGUGACCAAAUCUACCCGGCAACAUCUGUCCUUCUGCUGGUGACCCAAAUCUGCCCGGUAACAUCUGUCCUUCUGCUGGUGACCCAAAUCUGCCCGGCAACAUCUGUCCUUCUGCUGGUGACCCAAAUCUGCCCGGCAACAUCUGUCCUUCUGCUGGUGACCCAAAUCUGCCCGGCAACAUCUGUCCUGCUGUAGAGACUCAGCACACAAGUCAGUAAAGAUAACGGGAGGGGGUGGUCAUCCCUUGUGGCUCUACAUUAUAUUCCGGGCCCUUGCCAUUGUAGAGGUUCCUUUUCUACCAAGUUGGGCUUCGAUCACCAACAGGUCAAGGGGGGGGGGGCAAUAAUAAGGAAAGGUUUUCAUAUAGAAACCCUUAAAGGGGUACUCCUUUCCUAGACAUCUUAUCUCCUAUCUAAAGGAUAGGGGAUAAGAUGUCUGAUUGUGGGGGUCCCGCCACUGGGGACCACCGCGAUCUAAGCUGUGGCACCCCAGACAUCCAGUGUACGGAGCAAAUGACUGGUGAUGCAGCACAGAGGCUUGUGACGUCACG